AGCGAUUAGCCAGGGCUGCUGUCACUCACUCUGCGUGCGAGCUGUGAUUGGUCGGGACCGCUGUCAUGGUUAGAUACAAUGUAACGGAGUGGGGACUUUUCUUCUGAUCGCGCCGCAGGCUGCACCGGAGAACAGCGGAUCAGGGAGCGGACUGAGAGGACCGGGGAGAGCACCAUGGCCGCCAGGGAUAAUUUGAAUCAUGAACUUUCCAAACUCUUCAAUCAACUCUGGGACGCAGAUGAGAAUCGCAUGGUCCCUGGCAAAGAUUACCGCAUCUCGGUCCAGGGAAAGGCCGGGUACGUUCCAGCCGGGAGCAAUAAGGCCCGGGACAGCGCCCAUUGUCCUCUGUUCCAGUUUGUUGAUGAGGAGAAGCUGAAGAGCCGAAAAACAUUUGCAGCCUUCAUCUCUCUCCUGGACAACUACGAGAUGUCCACCGGCGUGGCGGAAGUAGUGACCGCGGAGGAAGUGGCGGAGAUGAACCGUUUCCUCGAUGCAAUUCUGGAAACCAAAGUGAUGAAGAUUGCACAUGAUUACUUGGUCAAGAAAAAUAUGGCGAAACCGAACCUGAAAGACUUUAAAUCCCAACUGUACAACAUCUGGUUCCAGCUCUACAGCAGGCAGCCCGGCAGCGGAAAUGACUCUUGUGGCUUUGAGCAUGUGUUCGUGGGGGAGUCCAGGAGAGGACAGGAGAUCAUGGGGCUUCACAACUGGGUCCAAUUCUACCUACAGGAGAAGCGCAACAACAUAGACUACAAGGGUUUUGUGGGUCGUCAGCAGAAAAGCCGGCCUGACGAAGAUGACCAGGUGCUGAACCUGCAGUUCAGCUGGAAGGACAUGGUGAAACCAGUGGGGAGCAGCUUCAUCGGCGUCAGUCCGGAAUUUGAGUUUGCCGUUUACACCAUUGUGUUCCUGAAGUCCCAGGAAAAAACCACAAAAGAGGUUGUGCGAGUGGAGGAGUAUGAGCUUCAGGUGGUUGUGAACCGUCACGGGCGCUACAUUGGGACAGCCUACCCCGUCCUCCUGAGUAGUAACAACCCAGACUUGUACUGAGUGCAUGUAGCGGGCCACGUGCUGCCCCCUAGUGCCUGCUCACAGGACUGGCUGGAUUAUAUCCGUGUAGCAGUUAUUUAGAGUGCCUGUGAUGUGCACACAGAAUGUUUAUGACAGGAGAAUAUAGGCCAGUUUGUUUUUAUAGGGUACCGUAUCGGGCCCUCCCUCAGGUCCAUUUACAAAAUGAUUCAGCUUCAUGAAAUUAGCUAUUUUAUAAUACGCAUUAUUGUUUUUAACUUGCCAUAACAGAUGCCUGUAUGUAUAUAUCUCUCUUAUGGCCUUUACUUCUGAGACCGCUGUGAUGUGCUAGAGACCAAAGACUGUCACCUUGUGCCUUUUUCAUUUCAUUUGCACAAUAAUAUUUAUUGACUGCUACUAGCGCAGGAAGUAGCUGGGAUAUUGCGUCUGAUCCAUUAAAAAGAUUGUAUCAUCUCA